UACACCCAGAUCUCUUGGGGGCUGGGUAGGAAAAUCAAAAGAAGACAUAGAAAGGAAAAUGCAGGAAGGUUAAUGUGAAUUUUCUAGGAGUUCUGGUGAAAGGGACCUGAAAGGGAAGUGUUUGCGUCGUCAUUCAAGUAUUUCAUAAGCUCCAAAGAAUCAGCUAGAUGCCUCCUUCACCUCACAACGUGGAAGGAUGAGCCUUAACGCUCGGGAUUCAUCGGCGGCAUCACCAGAUUUCGCUGCUCUGACCCUGGCCUCUGUUUUUGCUCCCCCAGUGAACACCGAGAGUGAGACGGCAGUGGUGAAUGUGACCUAUUCCAACCGGGAACAGACCAGGCAAGCCAUCAUGAAGCUGAACGGUCACCAGCUGGAGAACCACGCCUUGAAGGUCUCCUACAUUCCUGACGACCAGAUAGCACAGGGUCCUGAGAAUGGGCGCCGAGGGGGCUUUGGCUCUCGGGGUCAGCCCCGCCAGGGCUCGCCUGUGGCAGCGGGAGCCCCUGCCAAGCAACAGCAAGUGGACAUCCCCCUGCGGCUCCUGGUGCCCACCCAGUAUGUGGGCGCCAUCAUUGGCAAAGAGGGUGCCACCAUCCGCAAUAUCACAAAACAGACCCAGUCGAAGAUAGACGUGCACAGGAAGGAGAAUGCAGGUGCUGCGGAGAAGGCCAUCAGCGUUCACUCGACCCCCGAGGGCUGCUCCUCUGCCUGUAAGAUGAUCUUGGAGAUUAUGCAUAAGGAGGCAAAGGACACCAAAACGGCUGACGAAGUUCCCCUGAAGAUCCUGGCCCAUAAUAACUUUGUGGGGCGUCUCAUUGGCAAGGAAGGACGCAACCUGAAGAAGGUGGAGCAGGACACAGAGACGAAAAUCACCAUUUCCUCGCUGCAGGACCUCACCCUCUAUAACCCCGAGAGGACCAUCACUGUGAAGGGGGCUAUCGAGAACUGCUGCAGGGCCGAGCAGGAGAUCAUGAAGAAAGUUCGGGAGGCCUAUGAGAAUGACGUGGCUGCCAUGAGUCUGCAGUCUCAUCUCAUCCCCGGCCUGAACUUGGCUGCUGUAGGUCUUUUCCCAGCCUCGUCUAGUGCGGUUCCUCCGCCUCCCAGCAGCGUCACUGGGGCCGCUCCCUACAGCUCCUUUAUGCAGGCUCCAGAGCAAGAGAUGGUGCAGGUGUUUAUUCCCGCCCAGGCGGUGGGCGCCAUCAUCGGCAAAAAGGGGCAGCACAUCAAGCAGCUCUCCCGUUUCGCCAGCGCCUCCAUCAAGAUUGCUCCUCCUGAAACUCCUGACUCCAAAGUUCGUAUGGUCAUCAUCACUGGACCCCCAGAGGCCCAAUUCAAGGCUCAGGGAAGAAUUUACGGUAAGCUCAAGGAGGAGAACUUCUUUGGUCCAAAGGAGGAAGUAAAGCUGGAGACUCACAUCCGGGUACCAGCGUCAGCAGCUGGCCGGGUCAUUGGCAAAGGUGGCAAAACGGUGAAUGAGUUGCAGAAUUUGACAGCAGCUGAGGUGGUGGUGCCAAGAGAUCAGACCCCUGAUGAGAACGACCAAGUCAUCGUCAAGAUCAUUGGGCAUUUCUAUGCCAGCCAGAUGGCUCAGCGGAAGAUCCGAGACAUCCUGGCCCAAGUUAAACAGCUGCACCAAAAGGGACAAAGUAACCAGGCCCAGGCACGGAGGAAGUGACCAGCCUCUUUCCAUCCCGUUGACUCAAGGACCACGGGCUGAAGUCGAGAGCGCGUUCUCCCCAGCAGACCUGAGAAUGAGUGGGAAUCAGGGACCCUCGGGCUGGGAUGGAGAUCAGGUUUGCCCACUUGGUUGAGAAAGAUGUUCCAGUGAGGAACCCUGAUCUCUCGGCCCCAAAUACCCAACCAAUUGGCCUAAGACUGCCCGCCCCUCAGGAUGUCACCAUGGAAAUUCUAGCUCAGGGUGCUUUUAAACGUGGAUUGUUAAGUAAGGUCUCAAGGUCCCACCGAGAGGGUAGGUCAGACCCCAGUGGGAAGAGAAAUAAAAUUUCCUUCAGGUUUUUAAAACAUGCAGAGGGGUGUUUUAAUCAGCCUCAAAGGAUGGUUUGCUUCUUGACCCUAAAAUCCUUCCAGCCUUCUCUGACUUGGUUUAUUGAUUAAAAUACCUCUAUUCUUGUGCCCUGCCAUGGCCUCUUCCUGUAUUCACACUAAUUGUUUUAUCUUUACUGCUACCAGAAAAAGUGGGAACCAAUGCAUUGCUCUGCUUCUGUUAUUGACUCAAAGGGAGAAGACACGUCAGCCUCUGUAGUUUAAUUCCAAUCCCUCCCUAACCAACCAACAGGAACAGAAAGAAGUAAAGAAUGUGGGAGAAAUGGGGAGAAAGAUGAUUAAACAUAUAGUAAUCCACGUUUAAAAGGAGCGCCCUUGUGGCUGAUCUAUUCCAGAUCACCAUCAUGAAAAAUUGGCACAAUGAAAAUUUCACCCACUCUCCUGGGGCUUCCCUGCUAAGAUUCCCCGCCCUAUUCGUGUCCCUCUAACCGUACAGGUCCCACAUGGUCUCCAGGUGCACAUGGGUGGUGCUGAAUGCUCAGCGGGAUAGGGGCCAACCACUGUACUGUCCCUGAUUCCCACCAUUCUCAGGCAGAUUUUAUAUUUUUUUAAAGUCUAUUUUAAUGAUUGGAUAUGAGCACUGGGAAGGGGACACUAACUCCCCUUGAUAAAGUCUCAGUUCCAUGGAGGACUUGAGUGGCCCCAAAGGCUGCCACUGUGCCCUCACCCCAGCCCAUGUGCUCUCAUAAGGGCUGGUUCCCAGAGGCAGGGGUUGCGGGGCACUCCCCUCCCCACGGCACUGUUCCCUUGGUGGUGGGGGGAUGUGGAACCCAACCCUGAGCUCCCGAUAAAGCUAAAGUCCAUCAUCUGGCAUAUAUUAUGGCUGUUCAGUAAAUUGGAGAGUAUUUGCUUCUGUUUAUAUCUUAGAGGCGUAUUUAA